AUGGCCGGUCGGUACAGACAGCUGGGUCCCUGCAGACUCUCUCAAGCCCAGCAAGUGAGGAAGCAAAACCCGGGCGCAGAGAGGCAGGUGGCUCCACCGCAAAAGGACGAAGACCCCAGGGUGAAGUGUAGGGACUGCGGAGCCUUUGGGCACAAAGCGAGGAGCCUCAGGUGCCCCAUGAAGCGCUGGCACGGGGCCCUGGCCCCCCAGCCCUUGGGCUCCAAACUCGGCAAGGAGAACCUGGAACCACGGAAGCCGCAGGACCUGCAGACCCCCGGGACCCCUAACACGGCUGAGAGAGAGAAGGGUGAAAGGCAAAGGAAAGAAGAGCAGCAGAGGACGCUACUCCAGAGGUUUCCCAGGAAACCCCAAGGGCGGCGGCAGCAGUGCUGGAAGGAGGGGACAGAAUCCUGCCGCUACCUGAGGCAUCCAAAUACGCCCACGCUCCAGACAUCAAAGAGGAAACCCCUCCAGGAUCCAGAUCUCCCAAGUAGGUCACCUGUCAGGAAGGACGACGGGAAAUCCACCCAGCCUGCAGUGUCUCUCAUCAGCAGAAGUUUGGUGCAGGACUCCAAAAGCGGCAUCAAGGCCCCAGGCAAGAGACCUGCCCAGAUCCCCAUUCAGACAUGUCUGAACCCCCCAAAGAAACCUAGACGCAGCCCCAUCCAGACUCCCCAGAAGGGCCCUCUGACAGCAGAUCUGACGGCUUUCCAGGAUCUCCCUCCUCCACCCAGUACAACUGGACGUGGACCCCCAGGGGCCCCCCAAGUCAGCAGGAAGACACCUGCCCAGGGGCAAAGCCCUGCCCUCCAACCUCCACGGGACAGAUCUCGCCCCAACAGUGUCCAAGCCUGCACCAGAGACCGUCCUCCACCCGUCAGCCAUGUUCCAGGCCAGCCUCUCAGGAUGCUCUUCGCGAGAGCAGACAAAGGCCGCUGGAGCUGCAGGUACGUGGCGCCUCCCUCCUUGCCUCGUCCUGAGCGCUCGGCCCCUCCUGCUCAGAUCCCUCCCACUGGCCGGAAGCCGGAGGGACACUGGGCCCCUGGCCCCCGGAGUGUCCUCUAUGAUGACCUUCGGGUGUCUUCCUCCUCUGAAGACAGCGACUAG